CGCAAAUGACAAAAUUCAAAGAGGAAGCAGAGCGACUCACUCAAGCAGGUAUUUGGAAACCAAUUAAGUUCAGCAAUUGGGCAUCUCCAAUAGUUCUGGCCCCGAAGCCGGGUGGAGCAAUUCGCAUAUGUGGAGAUUUUAAGCAAGGCGUCAACUCACAACUCGACAUCGAGCAAUACCCAUUGCCAACACGCGAGUCACUUUUGCAUGUCAUUCGACAAGGUCAACAUUUCACAAAGAUUGACCUUAAAGACGCAUAUUUACAAAUGGAACUAGACGAAGCAGCCAAGCAAAUUAUGGUUGUCAACACGCCGUUGGGUCUUUUUCAGUACCAACGUUUGCCUUAUGGAAUAGCUAGCGCUCCCGCUAUAUUCCAGCGUUACCUUGAACAACUCAUCAGCGGCAUUCCAGGCUGUGGUAACUAUUUAGACGACAUAAUUAUAACUGCACCAACAAGCGAGCAACACUUUUCUAGGAUAGAACAAAUUUUAACCAUUUUACACAACAAUGGCAUAAAAUGUAAAAAAGAAAAAUGUAAAUUUUUUCAAUAGGAAAUCGAAUAUUUAGGGAGAAGAGUAAGUGCAAAGGGUAUCCUGCCUGAUGCCUCGGGCCUGCAAGCUGUCAAAGAAUUGAAGCCGCCCACAAAUCUACAGCAACUAGAUGCGUUCAUGGGAAAAGUGAACUAUUAUUGUAAUUUCAUACCAAAUUACUCUCAGUUAGCUUCUCCAUUAAAUCAACUUCGCCGAAAGAACACGCCGUUCAGGUUCGGGUCGCAGCAGCAACAAGCUUUCUCAGAAUUAAAAAGUCACAUUCUUAACGCUACUCAGUUAGCGCAUUUCAAAGAAGAUCAACAGCUCAUCUUAGCAACAGAUGCAUCGUCUUUUGGCAUCGGGGUAGUGUUAUCACAAAAACAACCAGAUAAAAAAGAACGGCCGAUAGCAUUUGCAUCAAAAACGUUGGACAAACACCAGGUCAGGUACAGCCAAAUUGAGAAGGAAGCACUCUCAAUCAUUUUUGGGGUACAAAAGUUUCAUCAGUAUCUGUAUGGAAGAAAAUUCAUAUUGAUCACCGACCACAAGCCUUUGGUCACAAUCUUCAGUCCAAGCAAGCAUCUUCCUACUAUGACUUCAAACAGGCUUCAACGGUGGGCUAUAAUUCUUAUGGCCUAUGACUUCGAGAUCAGGUACCGUUCAACCACCGCACACGGCAACGCUGAUGCUCUUUCACGCUUACCAUUGCCAACAGAUGAGGAGUUCGACAAAGCAGAAGCGUGCAACAACAUCGUCGAAAUAUCUCCUCCAAUCAACGCUGAUGUUAUCUUAAAGCAUCUAAGGAAGGACAAAACAUUGAAAAAAGUUCUCAACUUUGUUUCAAACGGAUGGCCAGACAAGCAGUGCGAAUCUGAAAUAUCUCCAUAUUUCAAUCGGAGAUUCGCCAUAACAGUGAACAACCAACUGUUAUGUCUACAUACGGAUACAAAUCGUAUUGUUAUACCUCGCACGCUAAGGAACGACAUUCUCAAGCUUUUGCAUGAUGGUCAUUGGGGCAUCGCAAGAAUGAAACAGUUGGCAAGGCAACAUGUCUGGUGGCCGGGCAUAGACGAAGAUAUUUCAAAUUUAACCAAGUCUUGCAAUAUUUGUAAAACUAAUAAUCCGUCUCCAGUUAAACAUUUUCAGAGUUGGCCAAACGCAACUUCCGCAUGGGAGAGGAUUCACAUCGAUUUUGCUGGGCCCAUAUUCAACUCCAUGUGGCUCAUUUGUGUAGAUGCAUUCUCACAGUUUCCGUUUGUAACUCAAAUGACGUCUACUACAACUGCGAACACAAUUGCAGCGUUGUCAGCAAUUUUCGCAAUCGAAGGUUAUCCAAAAACAUUAGUCAGCGACAAUGGCCCUCAACUAACAGCAGACGCAUUUAAACAGUUUUGCGCUCUUAACGGUAUAACGCACAUCACAACAGCACCGUUUCAUCCAGCAUCGAAUGGACUUGCAGAACGCUUUGUACAGACGUUCAAAACCUCAGUCUCAAAAAAUAUCAGAGAGGGAUUGACACCGACAUUAGCAGUCACGAAGUACCUUGCUUCGUAUCGUUUUACUCCAAAUGCCGAGGGUAAAACACCAGCAGAGCUCAUUCACGGUCGCCCCGUUCGCACCAUUCUCAGUCAGCUUUUCGAGCAACCCGCUACAACAGCUUACAAAGCAACGAAGUAUCUACCACAGCAACCAGUUUUUGCUCGAAACUACGCAAAGGGAGAAAAGUGGAUUGAAGCCAUCAUUGACCGCCCAGUUGGUCUAAUGCUUUACAUAGUAAAAAACAAAUAUGGAUACUACAAACGCCAUGUAAAUCAACUGAAGCCAAGGAGUUGCCAAACAGCACGCCACUACAAAAUGCCGAGGAUCUGCAGAGCCAAUCCCCAAGCUUACCGCAAUCUGCGCCCCUAGUUGAUGUUUCUAGCGCAGACCCGGCUGGUAGCCAAAACGACGCUCCAUCACAGCAGCGUCAACGCCCUUCUAGUAUUCCAGUCCGCAGAAGCACUAGAACUCGCAACAACGUAAACCGUUAUACGCCUCCGGAUUUUAGAAAGCAUAAGAUCUAAUUAAGGGAGGAGAUGUGUUAUAAAUGUAUUAGCAUAUUUAAAUAAUAACGGCUGCACUUAUGUUAAAAGUUAACAGCCACUACUCAUAAUGUAAACUAACAUACAUACAUAGCGAUAACCGCCAAAUACAUGCAGUUCGAAUUAAGCUCUCAA